GCAGCCAAUCUACGCAGCAACUUCCGCUCCGCCCGGCCAACAGUGCGGUCUCAGACUACGCUGAAGUGGCCUCAGGUGGGCCUGCAGUCGGCGGACCGGGAUGCUGAAGGCCAAGAUUCUCUUCGUGGGGCCCUGCGAGAGUGGAAAAACCGUUUUGGCCAAUUUUCUGACAGAAUCUUCUGACAUCACUGAAUACAACCCAACCCAAGGAGUGAGGAUCCUGGAAUUUGAGAACCCACAUGUUGCCAACAACAACAAAGGCACAGGGUGCGAAUUUGAGCUGUGGGAUUGUGGCGGCGAUCCAAAGUUUGAGUCUUGCUGGCCAGCCCUGAUGAAGGACUCUCACGGCGUGGUGAUCGUCUUCAAUGCUGACAUCCCAAGCCACCUGAAGGAAAUCGAGAUGUGGUAUUCCUGCUUUGUUCAACAGCAGUUCUUACAGGAUACUCAGUGUCUGUUAAUUGCACACCACAAACCAGGCUCUGGAAGUGAUAAAGGAAACCUGUCUUUGUCACCACCCUUGAACAAGCUGAAGCUGGUGCACUCAAAUCUUGAGGAUGACCCUGAAGAGAUCCGGAUGGAAUUCAUAAAGUAUUUAAAAAGCAUAAUCAACUCAGUGUCUGAGAACAGAGACCGGGAGGAGAUGUCGAUUAUUACCUAACUACCCUUCCUUUGGACUCUUCCCCAUCCCAGGUGAGGUCAACUUCUUCCCUGAUGCAGAUCUGAAAUCUUACCCAGCUACUAAUAUUUUCUUCUCCCUGUGGCUCUAGAAGAAGUUUUCUUUAUCUGCUUGAAAGUACCAGUUACCCAAGGAGUUGAAUCAUUCCAUCUAUUCUCUGUCUGAACCUAAUUGUAUGUAUCCCCAGGAGCAAUGCUUUGGUAUUUACUAACACAUUGUUUAUGGUGGCUUUAUAGACCAUAAUGACCAUAAUUAAUGGGAAUCCACUGUGUCUCCAUCUCUUGCAAUUUAAAAGUUUUCAGGUUAGU